UUCCCCUUCUCCUCCUCUUCUAUACAUUCAUUUCCCCCCUCUCUAUAUCUCUCUCUCUCUCUUAAUACAUUCCCCUCAAAAUCGAUCCACAAAUCAGAAGAGGGAGGGUGUAGAGAGAGAGAGAGAGAGAGAGAGAUGGGGGGAGGGGGUGUUGUUGUUGUUGAAGAGGAGGAGGAGGAGGAAGUGGAAGUGGCGAGGGGGGGAGCGGGGAAGGAGAAGAGGAAGAGGAAGAAGAAGUACGGGGUGCUGAUGUGCGCGGAGGAGGAGCCGGAGUACGUGAGGGAGGCGCACGGGGGCUACUUCAAGAUGUUCGUGCGGCUGCUCGGGGACGAGGGCGAGACCUGGCACCUCUUCCGGGCGGCGCGCGGCGAGCUCCCCACCGCCGCCGACGCCGCCGCCUUCGACGGCUUCGUCGUCACCGGCAGCUGCAGCGACGCCCACGGCCCCGACCCCUGGAUCGCCCACCUCGCCCACCUCCUCCAAACCCUCGCCGCCGCCCGCACCACCAUCCUCCUCGGCUUCUGCUUCGGACACCAGAUUUUAAGCCGAGCUUUAGGCGGCAAGACGGGCCGAGCCGUAAAUGGAUGGGACAUAGGAGUGACCUGCAUCCACCCUUCUAACUCUACACUGAAGCUUCUCUCUUCCCUCCACAUCCCUUCUCAUCUCCCUGUCAUCGAAUGCCACCGCGAUGAGGUGUGGGAGCUCCCUCCUAAUGCAGAGGUGAUGGCUAGAUCAGAAAAAACUGGGAUAGAGAUGUUUAGGUAUGGAGAUCAUGUCAUGGGCAUUCAAGGGCACCCUGAGUAUACCAAAGACAUUCUCUUGCACCUCAUUGAUCGCCUUCUCCAACGCAAUCUUAUUCAGAUGUCGCAUGCCGAAGAUGCGAAAGCAAGCUUAGAAGUGCGGGAGCCGGACCGCGAGGCGUGGCAGAGGCUUUGCAAGAGCUUCCUUAAGGGAAAACUGCCGCAGUUGAAGCCUUUACCCAUAGAAGAUGAGUAAUCGGAUGACCAUCCAUUUUAACUUGUACAUGAACAUUUUCCUCAGAUGUACCAAUAAGGAAAACUAGAUUUGAUUAAUCUCGGUUGACCUUACUGGUUUUCCACCUGGACUGGACUGGACUGGACUGGACUGGACUGGAGAUUAUUAUUGAAUGAAUGAGCUUUUCGGUUUUCUGGAACUGAAAGACACAGCAAACAUCAACUGAUGCUCUUUUCUGGGACUAGGAUACA